UAUUUUUCUAGAACGGCUGUACGGGUGUGGAUCAGGCGCUCUCUCGUUUCCCUCCCUUUGUGCAGCAUCUAUCCUGGAGGCCACGUAAUAGCUAUCGCCCAAAGAAAACUCCGAAUCGCGGUUGUUCGCGUGUGCCACCAUGCAGCGGCAUUCGCUGCCCAAAGACCGGGAGACUUUAAGCAGCAGAUCGCGGGGCCUGCGGUGGGAGAGCUGCGUGCCGGCCCCGGCGUGAUUAGGGGGCCAGCACGGCGACCCGCGACUGCAGCCGGGAUUUAAGGCCACUGGUUCCUUCGCAGCCAGGCCGGGACGGCGCUCGAGGGGCCGCCAGGUCGGGAGCCUGGGCGCGCGGCAGGAAGGACGCCCGCUGCGAGCGCUGCCCGAACUGGCGACGCUCCGGGCACGCGGGCGCCCCUCCCCGCGCCCCGGCCCCGGCCCCGGCCCGCGCCUGCGGAGGGAGGGAGGCGGCCGCGCGGAGAAGGGGCUUUGCUAAUUGCCGAAGCAGGAAGUGAGCACGCGGAGGACGCUGCGGAGAGUCUGGGAGGAGGUGGAAGAGGAGGAGGAGGAGGAGGAGGGGCGCGCAGAGCCGCGGUGGUGAGCUCCGGGCGCGUCGGCACGGCAGGACCUGCCAUCCCUGCCCUCCCGCUCUCCAACCCCGUCCCCGAGGCCGCGCAGCCCCCUUGGGCGCUCGUCUGCCCUACCCCGCCCCAUGGCUUUCCCGGACGACCCUCUGCGCGCAGAUCAUAUGGCAAAGGAGCCAGUGGAAGACACGGACCCUAGCACUUUAUCCUUUAACGUGUCAGACAAAUACCCCAUUCAAGAUACAGGACUCCCUAAAGCUGAGGAAUGUGAUCCAAUCACUUUGAACGGCCCAACAAAUUCUGAUGCGCCACAUGAGGGAGAAGAAAACGGCUUUCCAGACAGUACUGGAGAACCCCUUUCAGAUAUAAGCAGAGGCGAGUCCUGCAAGGAGGACUGCACCUGUCCCGCCUGCUCGCUCCGGGCCCCCACCAUAAGUGACUUACUCAAUGAUCAGGACUUACUAGACGUCAUCAGGAUAAAGCUGGAUCCGUAUCACCCGACAGUAAAAAACUGGAGGAAUUUUGCAAGCAAGUGGGGCAUGCCCUAUGACGAACUGUGUUUCCUGGAGCAGAGGCCUCAGAGCCCCACCUUGGAGUUCUUGCUCCGGAACAGUCAGAGGCCGGUGGGCCAGCUGAUGGAGCUCUGCAGGCUCUACCACAGGGCCGACGUGGAGAAGGUCCUGCACAGGUGGGUGGAUGAGGAGUGGCCCAAGAGGGGGCGUGGAGACCACCCCAGGAACUUCUAGACCUCUCUGCUUCCCGCUGGCCUCUUUGGACAUCGAAACAGCCACAGGUUAAGGAGGAAUGUGGAUCUGUUCUUUCUUAAGGGUUUAGGAUGAGGACACAUGACAGUGGACAUUGGUUUUCCCCAAAGCUGGUGGUUUUUUUUUUGGAGGGGUAGGUUGUGUUUUGGUGGUGGAUUUUUGUUUGUUUAGUUUUGCACAUCUGUUUUAAUUUAACAUUUGAAUCUGGAAUUGGGAAAAAUACUUUGUAGACUCACAUCGGGACCAGGGCCAAAGACUACAAUCAGAAUGGACUCAUGCCAUGAUGAAAAUAAAAUUAUCCUCUCCCUUAAAUACUGUGGAAGAUUGAAAUAAGAACUAAGAUCGUUGAUGGCCCCAGUUGAUCAUCAUCCAUAGGAUCCUUCAUGCUGGACGGGACGCCCACAGCUUAGAGGAAAGCGUAAGGGACAUUAAAACCUUGGUUUGCGAGUAUAAUUCGUGCCGGAAACAUGCUUGUAAUCCAAAGCACUUGUCUGUCAAAGCGAAUUUCAAGAACCAUUGGCUCAGUUGUGACCAUGUGACAUUCAGUGUCACGUACGACUCGUAUGGCAAGACAUCGCUCGUUUCUCAAGUUAAAAUUUAUUAGAAGCAUUUGCUCGUCUCGCAGGACACUAGCAGAGCGAGUUACUCACAAUCCAAGGUUUUACUGUACUUAGGUGAAGUAGCAGGAUAUUGGUAUUAUGGGGCCAUGCCUUCAGACCACGUGUGCCAUCUUUUUUAUUCAAAUACUUUUGUCAUCCGUGCACUGUCAAAAAUGUCAUCUGCUCAAGUAUUUUUGCAAGAAAUAAAAAAUAGUGGUUUGGGGAGGAAAGAGUCAGGAAUCAGGACGGAGAAUAAGGACCUUAGGAAAGUGUUUCACAAAGAGAGUACACAGAAUGCCCUUUGUUACCCAAGACUUUUUAAAAAUUAACUUAAUAUGUACUUUUCCAUCUUUUGUGUAAGGCUGAGUGUUUUCACCCAUGAGAUCAAGCUUCGUUAAGAAACAAAUAAAACUCACCAGGCCCAACUUUGGAAUGUAACCACUUCUAGUACCUACUGUCCCAGCUGGAUACAGGGUCACGAACAAACACUACACAGAGGUUUAGCCAAGAAUGGGGAAUCUUUCAUGCUGACGCUGGGGCAGGAGAUCGGCAUUAAAAUCCAACUUUUAAAAGAUUUCAAACCGAAUGAAAAAUUGGUUCCAAAGAAUAUCUGAUGUUCUUAGAUGGUUUUAGGGGGAGGUAAAGUGUGGUUGAUAGAAGGGUUUGCUGCUGGAAAGAUGGGAGGAAAAAGCCCUUUCCCUCCUGCCAUCUCCCCCCUUCCCCCUCCCCCCUCUAGGUCUCCACUGUCUCCAAAUGGAGACAGAAAAGAGCAGGUGGUCCUCCACCCCCAACGCCAGCCAUCGUUCCCACAGCGGGAGGAUGAGAAGGUUCCCUUAUUCCCAGAGACUCCCUCCACCCCCAGUGACACAAGAGAGAGGUACAGCACCAGAAGAAAGGGCAACCUGGUGGAGGAGAGGAUUGGAAUAACAACACCCCCACCAAGGCGCCCUCCCUUCCCUGCUGCGCCAUCUCCCCUGGUCUUCCCCGUCACCCCCCCCCUCCCCCCCCCAGUUCCCAGCUCAGUGGAUACUCUGCUCUAUUGAAACCCAUGGCACAUCACAUACCACCCUCGGUGGCUUGGAGCAGUAGCUGGGGGACGUGGCCUUCUAAAUUUCCAUUCAGUAGGGUCACAGCUGCAAAUUUCACAAAAAAAUUUAAGUUUGGGCCGCCUGGGUGGCUCAGUCGGUUGAGCAUCUGUUGGCUCAGGUCAGGAUCUCAUGAUUCAUGAGUUCGAGCCCCACAUCGGGCUCACUGCUGUCAGCACGGAGCCUGCUUUGGAUCCUCUGUCCACCCCCCCUUUGCCCCUCCCCCCGGUUCUCUCUCUUUCUCUCACUCUCUCAAAAAUAAACAAACAUUUAAAAAAAUUUAAGCUGCUAAUAUCCCAGAUGUUAAAUCUGGAGAAUGGUGAAAAUUUUUCCCAUGAAAACACUUGUUACACGUGGUGAUUAGGUUCUUUAGAACUGUCAGUUUUGUAUUUCACAAAUUUCUGAAUUAAAAGUUUUUCGUAAGCUGGC